UUAUGUCGGAUAGUUUAAAUUGAGGGAUGCCGCCUUCUCAUUGGCUGAAAGUGGUGAAGGGAGCAGAGACCCCGUGUUCGGCCAGUAGCAGCGCCGACCUCGAUUUCGCCCCGCCCCCCGCGAACGCGAUUGGUUCGGCUUGCCUGAGGCAUGUUUCUUCGGGCUCGUGCUCCUUUCUUCUAACCUUUUAGGUCACUGACUCCCCUCUCCCCUCCGAGUUCCCGCCGGUCGUCCGGAGUUCUCGUACGGCUCGCGCCGAGUCCGGCCAUGAGGAGAUCUUCGCGUCGGAAGCGGGGUCCGCGCGCCGAGGUCAAGACAGAAGGCAAGGCGGAAGAAGAGGAGGAGGAAGAAGAAAAAGGGAGGACUGUGGCCGUAGCUUCUAGGAGGCCCGGGAGGAAGUCACUCAGUUUGAUUUUCGAGGAAUUGGAGGCGCAGGCCGCUAGAGAGUGCCGACAGGUCGGCCGGCAGUCGGUGGGCAAGGAGACCUCCUUCGCCUCCAUGGAGUGGGAGACCAAGGCGGCCAAGAGGUCUUGCCCUCUGGGUUCCCGCGGACUCCGCGGAGACGAGGCCGUGCCGGGGCCCUCGAGCCUUCCGCCGGAUUCCUCGGCCCCGCGGGCGCCCGGGGACUCGGGGUUUUUGGAGAACAUGGUGGUGUUCCAGUGUCUGGGCUGCUUCGCAGUGCUCGGAGACUCGGUGCAUCUGUGCCGGGAGGAGACGCGUCUCCUGAGUAUCCUGGUCUUCAGCAGACUUACAAAUAAUGUCAUUUUGGAUAAGUCCUUACUGGUUGGCAUUGAAGGUGGUCUCCUUGGCAGUACCUACAACCCUUUAUUUUGUCAUUCUUGUGGGCUUUCUAUAGGCUUCAGACUUUAUUCUACAUAUGCUACUCUUUCUGACUUGAAAGGUCUCUUCUGCCUUUUUAAGGACAGCAUUGUAUGCUAUCUUUUAAAAACUAAAUCUGUAGUAAAUGCAUCUGAGAUGGAAUUUCCCACUAAGCAUCUAAGUGAACAAAUUUCAAAGCUCAAAGAGAAGAUUAUGAUGAUGGACUCUCACUUAACAAAAAUAAUUCGGGAGCUGAAGAGGAUGAUCCAUGGACCAUUGGAUGUAGAGCUGGAAUAACAUUUGAAUCAGAAACAAACUUUUAAGAGUAGGCUCAUCCUAUACUGUGAUCACAGGAAGUAUUUAAUGUCUGUGUAUCCUGUCUUCAUUUGGUUGAUUUCUAGGACAUAAAAAAGCACAUUCUCCAAAUAAAAUCUUUUUUUCUUUUCUGGUUAACCAGAUGUAUUGAUAAGUUAUAACUGAAAAGUAAAGAUGGAAGUUGCUUUAAAAACCAGGAAUAUAUAUCUCAAGAUUCAAGUUUCAUAAAGUAAUUUGUCUUUAAGAACAUUUCUUACCAAGUAAGCUUAUUGAGACUUCCACUUCAAUGUUGUCCAUUUUGCGGUGCUUCAGAAUUCAGUUGUGUUAAAAAAUUUUUUUCAUCUUACAUAAAUGUCAGUAGUCUUUUUUAAAAAGUGUUUUUAGUAGUCUUUAAAAAAAUUUUUUUUAGUAUAGUCUUUUUUUAAAAAAAUAUUUAAUGAUUGUAAGUUCAAAGGUAACUAGUAAUUAUAAUGUGCCCCAAACUUAAGAUAUAUGAUUGUCUUCCAAAUGUGUCUUUUGUUUUGAAAUAUUGAAAGUAAACAGAAUAUUAUUUUAAUUUUGAACCUGUACAAAGUAUUUGUUUAUAUAAAUAUUGCUGAGAUCUUGACAGUCUGUAUUAUUACAGCUUUUCUUUUUUAUUUUUUCUUACUUAUGAAUCUCGUAUUUUAAAAAAUAGUAAGUUAUUAAAAAGAACUUGGAGAAAA